CCAUGCCAACUCCUUUACAUUUCUUCUAUAUAAAGAACCUAAGAAUUCAAAGGGUCCAAACAAUUUCCAUUCAAAGAAUCUCGGCGAGAAAAAGAAAGAAGGAAAAUAUCAAAUUCAAGGAUGGCUGUUGGAAUACUGGAAGUGUUAUUGGUUAAUGCUAAAGGCCUUGAGGACUCGGAUUUUCUGGGAGAUAUGGAUCCAUAUGUUAUAAUUGAAUACAAAGGUCAAGAGCACAAGAGCAGAGUGGCCAGAGGUGGUGGCUCUAGUCCAUCAUGGAAUGAAAAAUUUACAUUUAAGGUGGAGUAUCCAGGAUCAGGUGAUGGCUACAAGGUCGUUCUCAAAAUCAUGGACAAGGACACCUUCUCUUCCGACGAUUACGUUGGCCAAGCCACGAUAUAUGUGAAGGAUUUGUUGGCAAUUGGAGCAGAGAAAGGAAAUGCUGAAAUUCAUCCUACUAAACAAAGUGUAGUUAAUGCAGAAAAUAGUUACUGUGUAGAUAUUACAGUUGGUGUUACUUUCACCAGAAAGGUUGAAGGAACUGAAGAAGAAGAAGAGUAUGGUGGUUGGAGGCAAAGCAAUUUCUAGUUUGUGCAAUCUGUUUUGUAAUUUGUGAUUUCAUUGUUUGAAUAUUUACAUUAUGAAGGGAGAAACUGAGUUGGGA